AAAAAAGUAAUCGGUGCUCUAAUGGUGCUUGGCACGAUUGUGGGAUGUCUAUUCCCGUUGUGGCCGAUGUGGCUUCGACAAGGCGUUUACUAUCUGUCGUUGGGUGGUUUGGGAUGUUUCGGUGUAUUAAUUGGUGUGGCAAUAGCUCGUACGAUUCUAUUCGCGAUCAUAUGGGCGACGACAAUGGGACGGCAUAAGUUGUGGAUUCUACCGAAUCUGACAGAGGACUGUGGCUUCUUCGAGUCAUUCCAACCGUGGUACACGUACGAAUAUUGCCCGGAUGGUUUUAGUUCGACGGGAGCGAAGAAGAAAAAAUCUGACGAGAGGAAAAAAUCUGAGGAGAGAUCCGAGGCAGAGGAGGAAGGCCGAGAUGGCGACAGCAAAACGGGUGAACGAAAAGGGCACGAUGCAAGUGAUGAUUCUGAAGAGGGUUCAGCCACAGAAACCGACGAAAACGAUUUGGGAAGCUCGCAGGUGAGCAAAGAGAUAAUUUUUUAA